AUGGCGCUGUGCGAGGGUGUUGUGUGCGGAAGCUCUCUGCUCUGGCCUCGGGUGUUGCUCUUCGGCGACUCCACCACCCAGUUUUCUUUCCAGCAGGGUGGGUGGGGAGCGUCAUUGGCGGACAAGCUGGUCAGAAAAUGCGAUGUUCUGAAUCGUGGAUUUUCGGGUUACAAUACCAGAUGGGUGAAGAUUAUCCUCGCGAGGCACCGGAAGGGGAGCAGUUUGGACAGCCCAGCAGCAGGUACAGUUUUCUUCGGUGCCAGUGACAGUGCGCUAAAAGGUGAGAACCCCAAGCAGCGCAUCCCCCUGGAGGAGUACGUGGCAAACCUGACGAGCACGGUGCAGCACCUGCAGUCCGUGGGCGUGCCCGAGAGCAGGCUUAUCCGCAUCACGCCACCGCCCGCUGCUCUGUGAGGCCGCACGGGGACAGGAGCGGGUGAGCUCCUGAGCUCAGGGUGCAAAUUAAAUCGCCUCAACUCGGUCGUCGGUGAAUAUGCCAGGGCCUGUUUACAAGUAGCCCAGGACUGUGGGAUUGAUGCACUUGACCUGUGGACCCUGAUGCAGAAGGACAGUCAGGACUUUUCUUCUUCCUGUUUGUCAGACGGACUACAUUUAUCACCAAAAGGAAAUGAGUUUUUGUUCUCCUAUCUUUGGCCUUCGAUAGAGGAGAAAGUCUCUUCACUGCUUUUGUUGCUCCCUUACUGGCGAGACAUAGCAGAAGCAAAACCAGAACUAAGUCUUCUGGGAGACGGGGCCCACUAGUCACCUAAAACCAAGUCCAGCUGUUAAUCUACAGAACAGGAAGUCGCCAGUGCACAAAGACCCCAAGAUAAGUGGUCAGAGAAGUUUAAACCUUUGCUCAUGACCCUGCAAUAAAAAUCACAGACAUCUGCCACCAAGAUUAAUAAAAGCAUUGGAAGUUUUCAGGACAGCUUUGUAGUAGAUGCAGACCAUACUGAAGCACUAGAUGAAGAAGUAACGGGUAAGUACCAAUCAGUCGUGUGGGGAGAAAGCCCCAGGCCAGCACGUCGCACCCGAACCAUCUCCUGUGCAUCCUUGGCCACUAGUGUUUGAGAAGAGGCGACCAUAACUUUCUUAUUCUGAAGUAGUUCAGGCUCUUUCUGAAUGGCGAAUGUUUUAAGAGGAUGGUGACAGUAUUGACACAUGAAGAUACUUCAGAAACACACAAAAACUGCCCAGCUACCUAGGGUCCUAAAACAGUUGGCAGAAUUCUGUAGAUUCAUUGAGCUACAAUUUGUAACCCUCACUAUAAGCUAGAUUGUUUUAAUUCUAGACAUUAGAGAUUCUUAACAAUUUAGAAUUAAGAAACCCUAUCCCUAAAUUUAGCAGUGUAAUUCCCUUCUGCUGCUACAAGUUCUAGGUAAUACCUAGAAACAGAAGCCACGUUUUGGAGACAAUCUAUACAUUGGUUUUUUCUCCCUUUGUCUUCAAGGCAAAAGAAAGAAAUCUAUUCUGUGUUCCAGUUAUCCUCACAAGAAACUGCUAAAUGCCUCAUUAAGUUUGCUGGAUCAUUACAGUGUUUAAAAAAAAACUGAGCAUCUCCCUAAUCAGUGCCGUUCCCAGUAUGAAAAGUUAAUUUACAAAAAUGUAAAUACUCAUAACCUAAUCCAGCUGUAGUUUCUGCUUUGGCGUCAGAGGUUGAAGGAUAUCUUAAAGAUCAAAAAAAACUAAAACCUGAAAGCCUCAAAAUAAGCGAGAUUCACCUUACCUCUUCAGAAGGAAAAGGGCCUGACCACACAAGUAUUACAUAUGCAAAGGAAGUCCAAACACAUGACCGGCAUCUGCUGUGAAGUCACUUCCUUUUUUUCUCCCAAAUCUUCACAAAAACUGCAGUGAUUUGAGGUCAAAUCUAUAAAAAUAUUCUGCACACGGAAGUCAGAGCGCUCGGGACGCGGUCCUGAACUAGCACUCGGUUUCCUUGCUGUUAAUGCGGUUCUGACGCUGCAGCUUAAAGGACGAGGGCUUUUCGCUUCUGGUGACCGGAUGGUCCGUGAGGUCCUCGAACGACUUGGCGGCUGCGCUGCUAUUUGGGAAGGGGUCCUUCUCGAAGCCAUCCUCGUCGGCGUGCGAAUCCGUGCUGGGGUCCUCCUGGAUGGUGUCCAUCCGCUGGUGGUCCAGCUUUGGGGCCACAGGCACCAAAGGCGCGGGGGGCACCGCAGGGGCAGGCUGCGGGGGCUGCAGGCGGCCCGGGGUCGGGGGCGCGGGAAAGGGCUUGAUGAUGCGAACCGACGCGGAAUCCAUGCUGCUGAGCAUCUCGACGUUCUGGAAAGACACCGAGUAGGUGCACCCCAGGUCCCACAGUCCCAGCCUCACCCGGCAGAUGGCCGCGCCCAUCGGCACCCUGAUCCCCACGCUGGGGAAGGCACCCCAAGAAGCGACUCGAGCGGUUAGUGUUCAAGUCCUGACACGCCGCCGUUUGAAGACCCAAAGGAGACUCACGAGAAACAACGCUGUCAGGAUCCGAAGACAGGAAAAGCUCUCUCAGUGUUAAACUAAGCCCGUGCUGAACAGCUGACCACUCAGGGCUGACCAUCCAAGCGACUAGCAAACGUUCACCGUCACUGUCAUGAGAACUGACCUUAGCAUCCAACCUAGAUCCCUCCUGCUACCCCAGGACCUUCCUGCCAGAGACGGCGCCGCUGGAAAGGCUGGUGGCUCUUGCUGGGGAGGCCAGUGAAGGUCUCUGCUUAGCAGACCUCAAAAUACAACCGAGAACGACUCGUGAGAGAUACUUACACUGGGGUGGAACAGAGACAGCGAUUCAAACUGCUUGUCCAGUUUCUUAUCCUAGAAAGAAGAGCAGAGCAGCGUCACUCCUGCGAACAGCUCCGUUCAGCGCCCCUUCCUCAUGAGCCCCUCCUACUGUCCGGGGAAGAACUAACUCAGAGCUGGAGGUGUACAAAGUGGAAGCAGGUCGCGCAGAGGAGGAGGAACUUUGCAGCCACGCUUUAAGGGUUCUGCCCAAGUGUUUGCUCUGCACGUCAAAGAAAUGUGUUUUUUGGCGUUAAGUAAGGAAACAGGCAAGGUUUAAGCUCUGGUGUCUGAGGCCCCGCCCCGGGUAGGAACGAGGGCGGCUCCGUGCGGCCAGCGCUGGCCUCGCAGCGACCCAGCCCACCAGAGCCUCGUCACUCCUCCUGGCCGUGUCCAGGGUCGCUGUGGCCCCAGCUCUUGGCGGCGCCAGGCCUCGAGUCCUGACACACACCCUGCAGAAGGCUGGACACGUGGUCCGCCCUCCGCCCUCGGUCCCUGCCCAGGGCCUGGCUUCCAGCCUGGCUGCCCUGAACGGCCGCUGAGGUCAGAGACAAGCCACUGCCCGCCCUCCCAUCGGCAGCCCUGCGCAGAAAUUGAGCAUCAGGCCUCUCGGUCCACAGUCGUAACUCGCCGUAAACCACGCAGGUCUGACUCUCGGGUAAAAGCGACCGUAAUGGACGGCACCGUCGCCCAUCUGUCAAAGCCUCCACCGCGUCCCGUUUAACAUCGCUCCGCUUUCGCAGGGCUCCUCCUGGCGUCCGGCAGGCUCGCCGCCCGAGAGAAGAGCCGUUCAGUGAGAGCGCGCAGCCGAGGGAAGGCACGGGGCCAUGAAGACCGGAGAGCUCGCCGGGCCGGAGCAUCCCACGUGCUCGCGGGAGGGCCCCGCGCAGGGGUUUCAGGGCACAGGCCUGGAAGCCUGGCUCUGACGUCCUCAUCUACACAGCAGACAAAUCCUCCUUUUCCCACAGAAGCAAGGAGAACGGAUCUAUAAGAAAAUUUCUGGAGAAAGAAAUUUUCGGGAAAACAGGACCAGGCCGCCCAGCGAAGCCUCUCGAGCCCCUGAAGCCCUCCCCGUGACAGCACAGGGAUAAAAUCGUGUUUCUGUGGCCAGCAGAAGGGUCUGACUUAGGCGAGUCAAGCUGCCCGUAGGUCUUUCCUACCCACUCAGCACCCGUUUCAAAAUCAAACUUCAUAAAGUGCCUGGAGUUUCUCAAAGCCCUAUUCAACUGUUAACUGUUCCUCAUUUUGAACAAUAAAGAAGACGGCUCCCUCUCCUCAUGUGGAAGCAUCUGAGCGAGCACCCCAGACGACGCUGCCAAGACUGCAGACCUGAUGGGGCAGCAUGUCUGGAAUGCUGCUGUUUGGCAUCUGCUCUGCCACAGCAAAGUCAGCCUGGGCGCGCUCGUUUAGAAGCUUCACUCCUCAGAGGUCCUGGACAAGCCCAGUUAACCAGUCUCCUGUGCUUAGAAGUAUAAAACUCAGAAAUUAUACAUGAGAGCGAAACAUCCGUGCACAAAAUACGUAAUUUUUUUUAGAGACCAUUAGUUAAUCUUUUUACAAAAAAUGCUUUCCCAGGGAUAGCACCAAAAAUGUCAUUGGAAACAGCAGGUCAGAUUUUUCUAAGAAGAAAUUUUUAUCUUUUCCGAAGAUAACAUGGUUCGAGUUGCUCAAAAUUUUAAUAAAAUGUUUCAUUACUUAAAAACUGGUGACUUACCACACAAUGGACCAGAAUGCUGAAAGGAAUCCAAAAUAUCAAGGAGAAAACUAGGACGGAGCCUACGAUGUUGUCUGCUAAAAACUUCCCUGUGAACAAUUCCAAACAGUGAAUGUCUUGACCAAGUACUUUAGAAAUUGAAAAUGCAACGUUCUUAGAGUACUAUCACGUGUCAAACGGCACAGACUGCUGGCGGGAUAUAACAACUGGGCUGGUACCGAGAAGCGUUUCUGUGCCAUCUGCUCUACACCCAGCUGUCCCCCCACACACGGGAGCUCUCCCCAGAAUGGACCCAUGUGCUUGUGGAGAACAGAUCACAUCACAGGAGGGCCCACACAGUCCCCGGAGGGACAGUGCAGGAGACUCAUCCUGGAGGAGGCUCCUACUAGGAACAAUGCUUGCGAGGACAACGCUGAUGCUGUCUGGGUACUAUUGUUUUUGUGACUAAACCCUAACUUAUGAGCCCUAGAGGACACAGUGCAUCCUUGCUUCUGCAAAGUCUGAGGCCCACUUUUAAAUAAAUGACUCUUAUAUCAAGCAGGAUUCAGCUUUGCAAUCUAUAGGACUGAAGGACACUUACGCUGUCACAUGUUCAUUUUUUAGUAAAGAAGCCAGUAUUUUUACUUCCCUUGUUUUAAAAUUUGUGCAUCCAUGCUACACAGGGGCAGACCUAUAAUGUGUCCACUUUGUUUUAGCCAACGAAGUCGUUUCAGAACAAAAGUGGUAACUAUUUCCAUCUUCUAUUGCACGAUUAGGGCCUAUCAGUCUGAAACCACACUUUUCUAACGUCAUCAGUGAAAUCAGCUCAGUUCCAAGCAACCACCCACCUGGGGAAACCACGUACCGAAAGUAUUGAUGCUCAGCUUGUCAAUGAACUCCCAGAACCGCUCAAUGACAUCCUGCACUCGCUUCUCACAUUUGCCCUGUGAACAGAAAGCACCCGUCAUUACCCCAGCGGCCAUGCAUUUAGAAGGAACAUGGCUGCCUUCAAGUCAAACACAUAAUUAACACGAAAAGGGCUCCACUGAAACCAAACGGCCCGGAGAGCCAUCUCUGACACACUGGAAUGGGUACCUAAGAAGGUAGCAUUCUCUGUCACUGACACUCCACACUCAGUCCAUUUUUAUAAGUGGAUUUAGAAUUACCAGAAGACAAAACUCAAGAAAACCAGUUUGUUAAAGAUGGGCCAAUUCCAGUAAGGACUGCACUGAUCUCACACACACACUGCCAGAGAAGCCUCUCGAGCCCUUAAGCCCUCCCCGUGACAGUGCAGGGAUAAAACCGUGUUUCUGUGGACAGCAGAAGGGUCUGACUUAGGCGAGUCAAGCUGCCCGUAGGUCUUUCCUGCCCACUCGGCACCCAUUUCAAAAUCAGAGCUUGCAAUCCUGCAGAAUUAGUGACUUCUAUAAUUAGCCCAGAAAACCAAGUAAGUAGGACUCCCUGCCUCAAACUCAGCUUUACCACAAAGUCCCCCAGGUCCUGCCCAGUCUCCUGAGAGCACCUGGUCCUCCGAGGUCACACGCACAGUACGUAACUAGACUCUCACACAACGACAACGGAUAGACAUGUGAGCAUCUGUGCUCUGAUUCCCUUCCAUUUGCAAAACCCAGCAUUUACAAAAUAAAAACUUCACAUCUGGCUGUUAGAGAAAAAGCUGCAGAUAAAUAAAUACUCACAUUCAUGUCACAAAAUCCUACUGUACAGGGCUUUCCCUUCCUCAAAAAUAAGUUCUUCUGUUCGGCGUCGACAUAGGGCAGGCAGCGGCCCGAGGGGUCCCUGCAGCACACCUUGCACGAGUUGUCGGUUUCUGAAACAGCAGAGCCUCUUAGACACGCGCUCUCCUCCUGCCUGUCCCCCUCCUACCCCGCUCCCGCAGGGAAGGAAUCGCACUCAUUUUUUAUUCCAACAGCGAAUAUGAUCCUGGUUUCACACCCCUCCCCUCCCCUCCCCUCCCCCUGCCAAGGAGUAACUCCUGAGUUCAGGCUCCUCAGCCCUCAGACAGGUAAAGCAAAAGGUAAAAACGAUUUACACAGAAAAGUUUCCUUUAAGAGAUUAAAAGGCAGAUUCUCUCUACUUCAAACCCUUCAUAAUGCUAAAUGAUUCCCUUCGUCCCAGCGUUAUUACGCUGCGGCUUUCAAUCCUUGGCUUCUCAGUUUCCAGCACAGUCUGGAAAGCCAAGGCUCCAGCGAGAGCCAAGCCACUGUGACAGAACUGCCAGCCUCGGGGGCAGAUCUGAGUGACCCACAAGCGACAGGAGCACCGCGGCCUAAGCACGACCUCUCCCCUCCAUGGACACCACCCUCCGACAGCACAUGGGGUAUUUGGCACACGUACAAACGGCAGGAAUGUCCAAAAGGUCAACAGGCCGUAUAACUCGGGACAAUCUUUACUUGACCUCUUAGGAAAAACUGAAAUCAGCCAGAACACAAAAACAAGCAAAACCACUUUAAAGGGAAAACAAAACCCUUCUCCUCAUUCAUUCACGUAUCAGCAUUUCCUGGGCACUUACUAUGCGUGCUUCCAGGGCACCCCAAGCCUCUUGCCGCUCACUGAAUAAAUCAUCUGACGUUGACUGUGUGUUACCUUUAUUUACAUGUUAUUCCACCUGGAAGAGCCGCGUGCUCCACUGUGUGGACGCUAAGUGCCCAUCCCAGGGGUUCUGACUUCUGGGAUUUUUGUUGUGAAAGCAGCAGAACUCUCUCCGAUGGAGGGCGGGGAGCUCAGAGC